CUUCAUUGAAGUCACCUCCAAUGCCAAUGGCUUCGCACUACACAUGCAGAACCUGUUCAAAGGCGAUAAUAAAGCCCUCAUCUCUAAUUCCCCAAGCAGCAAGUCGCAUAUCCCGAAAGACAUCCCCACGAAGCCUCUCCUCAAGCGCAUCGCAACUUUAUCAUGCUACAAGAAAUAAUUCUGCGGCAGCUUCGAGCAAGACGCCUACAAAGACACCUCUCCAGGGCCUCGCGGCAGCAGUGCGGAAGAGAGCCCCACUGAUGACGGAAACGUAUGUCGCAUAUGGCGCAACGCAGCAUCUAUUUAAAGAAUGCGCACGGCAUGGCGACUAUGAGAUCCCGCAAGCGCUGGAGAAGAAGGGAGAAAUACCGGCUGACGAGAAUGGAACGCAUCUCGGUGUUGGAAGCGGAUGGUGGUAUGACACUCUGGGAUUGACUCCGACAUUCAACGUCUGGGCUCAAAUAUCCUUCAUCCACAUGUACAUGCUCCAGGUCCGAAUCCGCAUGUUCCCAGCGACACAUGCACCAAUUUGGACCCAACAUCUCACCAACCACUGCUUUUACGCCGCCGAGGAUCGACUUGUGGUAUGGCACAAGGUCACUUCGAGUUCUCUCCGACAGAGAUAUCUUAAGGACCUCUUCUCGCAAUGGCGUGGCCUCCUCAUUGCCUAUGACGAGGGCCUAGUGAAGGGCGAUGCCAUGUUAGCGGCAGCGCUGUGGAGGAAUUUGCUCAAUGCUCGGGAAGAUGUCGAUUAUCAGAAGCUUGCAGAAGUUGUGGGCUACAUGAGGAGAGAGAUUAGAAGACUGGAUUUGGCGAGCGACGACGACGUUGCAAAGGGGUCGUGGACGUUUGGUGCCAACCCAGGCACCGAAGCGCCGAGCGUACUGCUCCAGAGUAUGCUGAUGAAGGAAGGCGAGAAUGCAUAAGGACAUACCGGGGCAGGUAGAGGCCACGGACGUGUUCAGAGAGGCUAACUGACAUU